UGCCGUUCCCCGGUGCCGUGAGGGGAAGAUGGCCUCUCGGAGGAUCACCCGCGAGACGUUCGAGGCCGUGGUGCAGGACAAGGUGAAGCGGUACCGGAGCGGUGCCGCGGGGGACCCCAUCCAUCAUUUCCCAGCUCACUCCCGGCCGCUGCCCCGGCCCCGCUACAACGAGAGCUUCCACCACGACGGGCGCUUCCCUCACGCCAACUGCCAGCACCAGGACUGGAGUGAGGAGCCCGGGGAGGAUUAUCCUGGGGAGAACUACCCCGGGGAGGAUUAUCCUGGGGAGAACUACCCCGGGGAGGAUUAUCCUGGGGAGAACUACCCCGGGGAGGAUUAUCCUGGCGAGAACUACCCCGGGGAGAAUUACCCCGGCCCUUCCUACAGAGCUGCCAGCCCCCUGCUCCGCAAGGAGAAUUAUUUCCACGGACAGUUCUCCCGCCCUGCGCCCCGGGAGCGGGAAUUCGGCCGGGAUUACGGGAAGUUUGGCCGUGCAGCUGCCCCCAGCAGGGAAUACGGGCACCACGCUGCUCCCCAGGGCCGGGAGUACGGGCAGCAGCACCGGGAGUACGGCCAGCAGCGGGACAGGGACUACGGGCAGCAGCAGGAUUACGGUCCCUCGGAUUCCUGGGAAGCUGGCGGGCAGCAGGGAGCAGGGUUUGGCUCCUCGGAGGUUUUGGGGGAUUUCAGGUCUCCCGGGCUGAUGGAGGAGGAGUAUGGCGGCGUGGAGGAUCAGGAGUACGAGGCAGCGGACAGCGAGUUCCGGCCGCCGCUGCGCAGGGGAGGCGUGGGCAGGGGGAGAGUGCUGAGGGGAAAACGCCUCACCAGGGGCGUGGUGAAACCCAAGGUGUUCAAAGGAGACAUCAAAAGCCCCCUGAAGAAGUGGGGUGUGAAGAAACCACAGCCAGGCAUGGAUCCCAAAGCUCUGGAUCAGCCUCUGGAAGUCGCCGACCGUGCCGAGCAGAGGCCGGUGCCCCUCCAGCAGCACCCCAAGCUGCCCCCUCACCCCCUGGCAGCUCAGAGAGCCAUCCUGAGGCUGCCAAAGCCCGCCCACGUCUUCAGGAACCUCAGCUUCGACCUGGUGGAUAAAUCUGACAUUUUCUCCACCUUCGGCAUCGAGAUCAUCAAGUGGGCCGGGUUCCACGCCAUCAAAAACGACGCCGAGUUCUCGCGGCUCUUCGGGGCCCUCUUCGAGCUGGAGACUGAGACCUGUGCCAAGAUGUUGGCCUCCUUCAAGUGCUCCCUGAGGCCAGAGCACAGAGAUUAUUGCUUUUUCACCAUCAAGAGCUUGCAGCACGCCGCCCUGAAAACCCCCAAGGUGGACAACGAGUUCUUGAACAUGCUGCUGGACAAGGGGGCCGUGAAAACCAAGAAUUGCUUCUUUGAGAUCAUCAAACCUUUUGAUAAAUACAUCAUGAGGCUCCAGGACCGGCUCCUCAAGGGGGUGACCCCGCUGCUGAUGGCCUGCAACGCCUACGAGCUGAGCCUCAAAACCAACGGCUUUGGCAACCCCAGGGAAAUGGCCAACGCCUUCGAGACCACUGUGUCCCUCUGCAGGAAAUCCCUGGCCCUCCUGGGCCAGACCUUUGCUCUGGCCUCUGUUUUCAGGCAGGAGAAGAUCCUGGAGGCUGUGGGGCUGCAGGAGAUGGCCCCAGCACCGACGUCCUUCCCAAAUUUCGAUGAUUCCACGCUCUUUGGGAGGGAGUACAUCGAGAACCUGAAGGCUUGGCUGGAGAAGAGUGGCUAUCCCAUCCAGAUGAAAAGAGCAGAGGCAGGAGGCACGGAGCAGCUCAAAACAGCCUCCCCCGACCCCAAAGCCCCCCAACGAGCUGACAGGAAGGUUCUGGACACAAUUGAGCAGCUGGUGAGCAGCAUCGUGGCAGGAACUUUGUCUGCCAAGGACAGGAAUGCUCAGAAGAACUCUCCUGAAUACUGGUUCCUGUGUGACGAGGAGAGCCUGGAGUACAAAUACUACAGGCUGAGGCUGUCCGAGGUGCAGAGGAGCAGCCUGGCAGGGGAGGCAGCAGCCCCAGAGUCCCUGAGGGCCAUGCUCUAUGCCAGGAGAGUUGCCAGCAUCAAAAGGAGACUUUUCAAGCAUAAAAAAAAACCUGUCCUUGUCCCUGCCCGUGCCAGGAGGGUGAGGAGGGCAAGCACGGGCACCCAGACCCUGCUGUCAGCUGGCACAGUGCUGAAACAGCCAGACAAAAAUCCUCCAGGUGCCAAGGCUGGCCUGGCACAGCCUGGCCUGGGUGCCACCUCCUCUGCCCCCCAAGGUGCCACCUCCUCAGCCCCCCAAGGUGCCAGCUGUGCCCCUCAAGGUGCCACCACCUCUGCCCUCCAAGGUGCCACCUCCUCAGCCCCCCAAGGUGCCACCUGUGCCCCCCAAGGUGCCACCUGUACCCCCCAAGAUGCCACCUCCUCAGCCCUCCAAGGUGCCACCUCCUCAGCCCUCCAAGGUGCCACCUCCUCUGCCCUCCAAGGUGCCACCCCCUCUGCGCUCCAAGGUGCCACCUCCUCAGCCCCAGGAGGUGCCAGCUGUGCCCCCCAGGGUGCCAGCUGUGCCCCCCAAGGUGCCAGCUGCUGCCAGGUGCCCGGGGCAGCAGAGGGAAAAGCAGACCCUGAGGCUUUGGCAGCAGCUCCUGAGCUUCUCCCAGGCCUGGGCUCGCAGUUUGCUGAUGUGGAUGCCAAAACCAUGGAAACUGCAGAGAAACUGGCCAGGUUUGUGGCUCAGGUAGGACCAGAAAUUGAGCAGUUCAGCAUUGACAACAGUGCAGAUAACCCCGACCUCUGGUUCCUCCAGGACCAAACCAGCCCUGCCUUCAAAUUCUACCGCAUGAAAGUCAUGGAGCUGUGCCCCUCCAUCACCUUCAGCCCCGAGGCUGCAGAAGCUGCCAGAGCUGCGGGGACAACCCUGGACAUGGAGGAGGACGAGGAGGAAGAGGAGGAAGAAGAAGAAGAAGAGGAAGAAGAAGAAGAAGCUGAGUUUGAACCCUCCCAACCUGAUGAGGAGGAUGAGGAGGAUGAGGAGGACGUGGCAGCAGGUAGAAGGGUGACAAAGCUAGAGGAAGAUUUGGUGUCCAGAGCAGGAGAGGAGAUGUCAGGAGGUGAAGUGCAGCUCUCCAGCCCCUCUGACGGCGCUGUCCCAAAUCUGUCGACACAGGCACCCGGCCCGGGCCCCGGCGCGCGCUUCCCCCGCAAACGGGUCAGCUCCAAGUCCCUGAGGGUGGGCCUGAUCCCGGCCCCCAAAAGGAUCUGCCUCAUCCAGGAGCCAAAAGGGGUCAGCACCAAGUCCCUGAGGGUGGGCCUGAUCCCGGCCCCCAAAAGGAUCGGCCUCAUCCAGCAGCCAAAAGUUCAGCUCCGAGUCCCUGAGGGAGGGCCUGAUCCCAACCCCCAAAGGAUCUGCCUCAUCCAGGAGUCCAAAGUGCAUGAACCUGUCAGGAUUGCUUAUGACAGACCCCGGGGCUGCCCUGUCACAAAGAAAAAAAAGAAGCCCAGGGCUGUGGAGGUGCCCCAGAAGAGGCUGAGCCCCAGGAACUUACAAUCCUUUAAAAGAGGAAAUUCCUUUAAAAAUGCCCUUUUAAAGAGGGGAAAUUCCUUUAAAAAAUUCCUUUAA